AUCCAACUCGACCCCAGUUUUUAUUUCGCUUCUAUUCUGGUCUCCGAACCCACCCCCACCAAACCCACCAAAAUAAUCCCAACUACCGCCGCGCGGCGCGAGCGAGAUCGCACUUGCACAGUUGUAGUGCCAGGCGCGUACGACUCCGUCCGUCCGUCCGACGCGAGACCGAGACCGAUACAGCAAGCGACGAGAGUCCCAAACGCCGGCACAGCACGGCGCAGCGCAGCAGGCGCAGGAUUCAAACCGAGGCGGCGGCGGCGGCGACGAGGCGGGGGCUGCGCCGCGAAUGCGGGCGGCGCGAUCCCGGGCCCGGAGCGAUCUGUGACGGCGGCGGGGCGGGGGGUGAUGGACCGCGGGCGCGCUGUCAAUCUCUCGGGCGCCGAGAUCCGCGGGGACCUCGACGGCCGCAACCCGCCCAUCUUCCUCCCGCGCCAGCCUGCCGCGUCCCCGCUUCUCGCCCUCGACAUCGGAGGGACUCUGAUCAAGCUGGUGUACACGGCGAGUUGCGGCGGCGGGGGCGACGGCGCGGAGCUGCGGUUCGCCAAGUUCGAGAGGCGCCGACUCGAGGAAUGCUUCGAGUUCGUCCGGGCCGAGGGGCUCCUCCGCUGCAAUGGGACGAGGUCAAGCAAACAAAACGUGACGCUGAAGGCUACAGGUGGUGGAGCAUAUAAAUUUGCCGAUGAUUUCCGGGAGAAACUAGGUGUUUGUCUUGACAAGCUUGAUGAAAUGGAUAGUGUCGUUUCUGGAGCAAAUUUUUUGUUGCAGAAUAUUCCUGGCGCAGCCUUCACACACAUGAAUGGAAAGAGGAGUCCAGUCGAUGUUUCCCCAAAUAACUUGUUUCCUUACCUUCUUGUCAACAUUGGCUCAGGAGUUAGCAUACUGAAGGUCACUGGAAAUAGAAAUUUUGAAAGGGUAACUGGGACGCACAUUGGUGGUGGUACCAUGUUUGGUUUAGCAAAACUUUUAACAGGCUGUAAGAGUUAUGAUGAAUUCUUGCAAUUAAGCCAGAAAGGGGACAAUUUUGUUCUUGAUCUAAUUGUGAAGGAUAUAUGUGGAGAGCUUGUCUGCCAGAAGCAAGGACUUUCAACAUCAACUCUUGCUUCUAGCUUUGGGAAAGUUAUUACUUCUAAGAAAAAUCUGACAGACUACAAACCUGAAGACCUUGCAUCCACAUUGUUGAGCGCCUUUACCUACAACAUUGCACAGAUUGCUUUCCUUGUUGCAUCACUUUUGGGCCUCCAAAGGGUCUUCUUUGGUGGAUCAUAUAUACGUGGACACAAAAGCACAAUGGAAAAUAUUUCUUAUGCAAUUGACUUCUGGUCACAGAGUCAAAUGCAAGCUGUAUUCUUGCGACAUGAAGGGUAUCUGGGAGCACUUGGUGCCUUGAUGAGUUAUGGGGAUCCCAGUGGUGAAGAUCGUACCCUCGAGGAAUCACAGGAGAAGGAACCUCAUCACGAGUCAGCAGCACCUGUUGAUGGGACAUCAGCAGAUGAAGAGAAUGAUAGCAAUAUAUUUCCUUAUCUGCUUGUUAAUAUCGGAUCAGGUGUCAGCAUGAUAGAGGUAAUUGGUAAGGGGAAGUUUGAAAGAAUUAUAGGAUCCCAUCUUGGUGGUGGUACUAUCCUUGGUCUUGCAAGGCUUUUGACGGGUUGUUCGAGUUAUGAAGAAUUCUUGGAGCUGAGCCAGAGGGGCAAUAAUUUGUCUGUCGAUUUGACUGUUGGGGACAUAUAUGGUGAAGAGGGCUAUCCCAAGAUUGGCCUUCCAGCAUCCACUACUGCGGCUAGCUUUGGAAAAGUGAACUCAAGCAAGCUUUCGGAGUACAAAGUAGAGGAUCUUGCUGCAGCUCUAUUGAAUUCUUUCACUUACAACAUUGGACAGAUAGCCUACUUUGUGGCUAAUCUUUCAGGCCUGAAGAGAAUUUUCUUCCGAGGUGCUUAUGUCUGUGGUCAUGAAAAGACUAUGGACAAGAUUUCUCGUUCAUUAAAGUAUUGGUCCAAAGGUGAAGUUCAGACGACAUUUCUAUGUCAUGAAGGGUUCUUGGGAACACUGGGUGCAUUUUGGAGUUAUGAGAACAUGGGUAUUGAUGGCUUGGCGGCACAUGAAGUCAUCAGGGAGGUCUUGCUUGGCGCUCCAUACACUGGGCAAUUCCCAUCUUUACCUCUCACUCAACAACAGGAGAACGGAGAAAAUACGACACUUGAAGGUGAAGUAGAAAGCUUACGGCAUGACAAUGCUGUGCUGAAGGCUGAGGUUGAUCGAUUACAAAGGGAGAACGCUGAGCUGAAGGCUUACUUGGCAAGAUCAGGUGAGGCAGCAACCUUGUGAAGCAAUAAAGCGCCAGCGCCAGCGCCAGCUUGUUGUAGAACGUGUAGCAGUUUUGGAAAUGGUUCAAAAGGUAUUCAUAUAGGAAGAGUGCAGUCAGGCAAAAAUACCAACAAGCAUUGCUCGUCUAGUGAGCUUAUGUUGUAUAUUUGUUUCUAUUUUUUAUACAAGAUCCUCUGUAUUUGCUCCCUUCAUGUAACCAGUUUCCUGUGUGUAAAUGUUACAUUAGUAGUUUGCAAAACCAGUAAGUAUCCGGUCUUGCAAAUUUGUCAAAAUAGUAUAUAUUUUUGUCGGUA